AUGGAGCCGCGGCGCAACGGCGGCGGCGCGGAUGAGAAACCUCGGAGGCGGGAAGCGGAAGCGGGGAAGCCGCGGCAAUGGAGCGGCGGCGGGACGGGCGCUGGAAGCGCGGCGGCGGGACCGGAGCACUGCGAGAGGCGCGGCGCAGCCUGCGGCCUUCGGCGGGACUCGGUCCGCAAGAACCGCCCGCUCUUCCCUUGGUUUGGCCUGGACAUCGGUGGGACCUUGGUCAAACUUGUUUAUUUUGAACCAAAGGACAUCACUGCCGAAGAGGAGGACGAAGAAGUGGAAAACCUCAAAAACAUCCGCAAGUACCUGACGUCAAACGUGGCCUACGGAUCCACAGGCAUUCGGGAUGUGCACCUUGAACUAAAGGACCUUUCCCUGUGUGGACGUAAAGGCAAUCUGCACUUUAUACGCUUUCCUACCCAUGACAUGCCUGCUUUUAUUCAAAUGGGAAGCGAAAAGCACUUCUCGAGCCUCCAUACUACCUUAUGUGCCACGGGAGGUGGAGCGUACAAAUUUGAGCAGGACUUUCUCACAAUGGGUGACCUUCAGCUUCAUAAGCUGGAUGAGCUCGACUGCCUUAUUAAAGGAGUCAUGUACAUCGAUUCCGUUGGGUUCAACGGCCGUUCAGAGUGCUACUAUUUCCAACACCCGACCGACACCGAACGCUGUCAGAAGCUCCCGUUCACUUUGAGGAAUCCAUACCCUCUCCUUCUGGUGAACAUUGGCUCAGGGGUCAGCAUUUUGGCUGUGUAUUCAAAGGAAAACUACAGACGGGUGACGGGCACCAGUCUCGGAGGGGGAACCUUCUUUGGGCUCUGCUGCCUUCUCACGGGUUGCUCCACCUUUGAGGAGGCCAUGGAGAUGGCAUCCCGUGGGGACAGCACCAAAGUGGACAAGUUGGUGAGGGACAUUUAUGGAGGAGACUACGAGCGGUUCGGGCUGCCAGGCUGGGCCGUAGCAUCCAGUUUUGGAAACAUGAUGAGCAAGGAGAAGAGGGAAUCUGUGAGCAAAGAGGACCUGGCCAAGGCCACCUUGAUAACCAUCACCAACAACAUCGGCUCCAUCGCGCGGAUGUGUGCGCUCAAUGAGAACAUCGACCGGGUCGUCUUCAUCGGCAAUUUCCUCCGGAUCAACACCAUCUCCAUGAAGCUUCUGGCCUAUGCUUUGGAUUACUGGUCGAAGGGACAGCUGAAAGCACUGUUCUUGGAACAUGAGGGUUACUUUGGUGCAGUUGGUGCUCUGCUGGAGCUCCUGGACUCAGCCUGAUCCAACCAGGUUCCAUACGUUCGAGCAAUGAAGUCACAGUGCCCACAUGAAGCUUUAAAGCACUUUCAUCAAUGCCUCUGAGUGCUAUAUGUCUGUUUAGUUCCCACAUUACAGGUGUCAGCUGCAAGGUUCUGUGUUCUGCAGAUGAAAGAUGUCACAUUCUCAUUCUCCUACAAAUCUGUGGAGGGGUGAGAACUGCAGCACAUAACACCAUAAGGACCAUUCCUGUUCCCUCCAGACCCCACAGUGCUCUGCUGGACACAGUCAUGCUAUCAGCAGGGCUGCAUAGAACGAUACCAAAGAGUUUACUGUUUCUUUCAGUCAAGUAUUUGGGAUUUUUUCUGUAAUGCUUCAUUCAGUGCUUACAUACUAAAGUAGUUUGGGGGGUGAAGCUGCACUUCCCAUAUAUAUAGCAGUUGUUCUUUUGUUUCCUUCUUGCACACAGCCUGAAUUAGGCUGUGCACUUUGCAACCUCUGAGGAUGCUCUGCUCUCAGGACACGGAUUUGGAAGUAGCACGCUGCUUCCUCAAUAAACGAUCAGAACAACAGA